ACAAAUAAAUGGAGGCUGCUCGUUUCGAAAUGAAGGAGACUAGCCUAGGCCUAGCAUUACUUCUUGAUGAAGCCGAUAGCAAAGCACCAAAAGACAAAUUAAAUAUGUCUUAUCAAUAUUCGACAAAUAUAUUGCAAGACAAUGGGUGCUGUUGAAAUUAGGGAAAUAAGCAAAGAAGAGCUAGGCCUAGGCCUAGACUAGACACACUCUUUUGAUCGCCAGGCCUAGGUCUAGCCUAGCCUAGGCCUAGCUAUUCGAGUAGCAGUAGGCCUAGGCCUAGUAUGCCUCUAAUAUAACAGGCUAGGAAUUGAUGCUACAUGUAAUGGAAUAACAACACAAGUUUCAGUGUAUACCGAUGUAAGAGUGUCUUCCAUUGGAUACCCAUCAUCAUAUUAUAAUAACAUGGACGUAUCGUGUACCUUUCACCCAUGCAGCCAAUGCGGUCUACGUUUGGAAUUCACUGACUUUCAGCUUGAAUCUGGCUAUGAUUAUUUACAAAUCUAUUAUAGCGGCCAGGUUCAGGGAUGGUAUACUGGAUAUAAUAGUCCUCCAGAUUACGUAAUGCCAGCAGGAAAUACACUAGUUAUCAGAAUGACAACAGAUUAUUCGGUUGUCAGGAGGGGAUUCCGAGCGAUUAUUACAGCUAUCGACGAAAUUCGACCAAGCGCAUCAUGUCCCUCUACGGUAGAUGGAUUCACGAAUCAGGGUGAUUCUAACGGCGUCGUUACGUUCCGUAUCUCAGCAUCCGAUAAUUCUGGAAUUGUUGACUUUGUAGCCAACUAUACAUCUGUAACCCCUGGUGGUGGAAGUGCAGAAACUAUCAACACACUGCAGUAUUCAUCAAACGUUGUGGCCACUUGUCCCAUUGGUAGUACUCAUGUAAUGUUUACCUUCAGGGACGCGCGGAACAAUCAGGCAUAUUGCCAUGUGAAAAUCGUUAUACAAGAUAAUGAAGAUCCAAUUAUAGGCUGUGAUGUGAAUAUUUUAUCAUGGAAUUUAAUUGAAACUAUGGAUGGCGUUGUCUACGUGUCCACUGACAAUGGUAGUCCCAAUGCGACAGUUUCAUGGUCAUUUCCAGUUGUUAGUGACAACAGUGGUGGAGCUGUGAAUAUUACAUCACGUCCAUACAGGUCUGGCGAUAUUCUACCAUUGUCAGAACAUCCAAUUCCUAUUGAGUUCAUGGCUACUGAUCCUUAUGGAAACUCAAACACGUGUACAUUACUUAUUAAAGUUCGAGAUACCGAAGAUCCCGUAAUUUUUUGUCCAAGAUCAGUUGAAGGUGCAACAGCCAGUGGACGCUCAUCUGGUUCUAUCCAAUACAACGUCCUUGCCAGUGAUAACGUCCAGAUCUCUACCAUAUAUUCUAACUUUUCAAUGAUAUCACGAAAUGUAAAUAUGCCAUAUCUUAAUUUAGAAGUUUCUGAAGACUUUCCAAUUGGUAGUACGACUGUGAUGUACAAUGUAUCAGAUAAUGCAGAUCCACUUGCAAACACAGCUGUCUGUUUUAUCGAAAUCAACAUUGAAGAUGAAGAAGAUCCAUUUAUCAGCUGUAACAUAAACAUCACCUCAAGGAAUUUGAUUGAAAUAACUCGUGACGUUUUCUACGUUUCUACCGACAACGGCAGUCCCAAUGCAACGGUUUCGUGGUCACCUCCUCUUGCCACUGACAACAGUGGUGAAGUUGUUGAAGUGAUAUCACGUCCAUACAGAUCUGGUGACAUUCUACCCAUAUCAGAAAUUCCAAUUUGCAUUGAGUUCAUAGCUACCGAUUCUUCUGGAAAUUUAAACAUGUGUACAGUAUUUAUUAGAGUUCUAGAUACCGAAGAUCCUGUUAUAUAUUGUCCAAGAUCAAUUGAAGGUACAACUGCCAGUGGAAGCUCAUCUGGCUCUAUCCAAUACAACAUCCUUGCCAGUGAUAAUGUCCAGAUCUCUACCAUAUAUUCUAACUUUUCAAUGUUAUCACGAGAUGUAAAUAUGCCGUAUCUUCAUUUGGAAGUGUCUGAAGACUUUCCAAUUGGUAGCACGACUGUAAUGUACAGGGUAUCAGAUAAUGCGGAUCCACUUGCAAACACAGCUGUCUGUUUUAUUGAAAUCAAGAUUGAAGAUGAAGAAGUUCCUUUUAUCAGCUGUAACAUAAAUAUUACCUCAAGGAAUUUAAUUAAAAAAACUGGUGACGUUUUCUACAUCUCUACCGACGACGGUAGUCCCAAUGCAACGGUUUUCUGGUCAUCUCCUUUUGUGAUUGACAACAGUGGUGAAGGUAUUGAAAUGAUAUCACGUCCAUACAUAUCUGGUGACAUUCUGCCAAUAUCAGAAAUUCCAAUUCCAAUUGAGUUUAUAGCUACCGAUCCUUCUGGAAACUCAAACACAUGUACAACAUUCAUUAGUGUUCAAGAUACCGAAGAUCCUGUUAUAAUUUGUCCAAGUACAAUUGAAGGUGCAACAGCCAGUGGACGCUCAUCUGGUACUAUCCAAUACAACGUCCUUGUCAGUGAUAACGUCCAGAUCUCUACCAUAUAUUCUAACUUUUCAAUAGUAUCUCGAGAUGUAAAUAUGUCAUAUCUUAAUUUAGAAGUUUCUGAAGAAUUUCCAAUUGGCAGCACGACUGUGAUGUACAGUGUAUCAGAUAACGCAGAUCCACUUGCAAACACAGCUGUCUGUUUUAUCGAAAUCAAGAUUAAAGAUGAAGAAGUUCCUUUUAUCAGCUGUAACAUAAAUAUUACCUCAAAGAAUUUAAUUGAAACAACUGGUGAUGUUUUCUACAUCUCUACCGACAACGGCAGUCCUAAUGCAACGGUUUCCUGGUCAUCUCCUUUUGUCAGUGACAACAGUGGUGAAGUUGUUGAAAUGAUAUCACGUCCUUACAUAUCUGGUGACAUUCUGCUAAUAUCAAAAAUUCCAAUUCCAAUUGAGUUCAUAGCUACCGAUUUUUCUGGAAACUCAAACACAUGUACAAUAUUCAUUACAGUUCGAGAUGAACAAGAUCCUUUUAUCAGCUGUAACUUAACUAUUACGUCAUGGAAUGUUAUUGAAAAAACUGGAGGCAUUUUCUACAUCUCUACUGACAGUGGUAGUCCUAAUGCAACGGUUUCCUGGUCUUCUCCAAUUGCCAGUGACAACAGUGAUGAAGAUGUUGAAGUGACAUCAUAUCCAUACGUAUCAGGAGACAUGCUGCCAAUAUCGGAAAGCCCAAUUGAUGUAGAGUUUAUGGCAAAAGAUUCUUCAGGAAAUACAAAUACAUGCUCUGUACUCAUCAUGGUGCGAGAUACCGAAUCUCCAGAAGUAUUGUGUCCAAGAACAGUUAAUGGGUCUACGGAUGACGGGAAGUAUUUUGGUGCCAUUCAAUACAACAUUACUGCAAGUGACAACGUCCAGAUCUCCUCAAUUUAUUCUAGCCAUUCAACAAUUCCAAUUGAUGUAUAUUCGCCGUUCACGUAUCUCGAAGUCUAUGACGAUUUUCCAAUCGGGGAGCGAAAUGUGACAUAUAUAUUUUACGAUGACGCCAACAACGUGGCUAAUUGUUCCAUCGUAGUAUCUAUUAAUGAUGACGAAGUUCCAUUUAUCAGCUGUCAAAUCAGUAUUACGUCAUGGAAUUUAAUUGAAACAACUGGUGGCAUUUUCUAUGUGUCCACUGACAGUGGUAGUCCCAAUGCAACUCUGUCAUGGACAUCUCCAGUUACAAGUGACAACAGUGGUGGAGUUGUUAAAGUGACAUCCAGUCCGUACAGAUCUGGUGACAUUCUACCAUUAUCAGAAAACCCAUAUCUCAUCGAGUUCAUGGCUACUGAUCCUUCCGGAAAUGCAAAUGCCUGUUCAGUACUAAUUAUGGUACGAGAUACAGAAGCUCCUGUAAUUUGGUGUCCAACAUCUAUCGAAGGGUUCACUAGGAAUGGACUUCCAACUGGUGUCAUUCAAUACAACAUUACUGCAAGUGAUAAUGACCAGAUCUCCGCUGUUUAUUCCGACAUAUCUACCGUAUCUCACGAUGUGCAAGCGUCUUUUAUUAACCUUGGGGUGUCUGAUAGCUAUUCUAUUGGAAAUACGACAGUAAUUUAUACGUUUCUCGACAGAGCAAUUCCUCAACCUAACAUUGGUACAUGCUCUAUUACAGUCACUGUUUAUGAUAUUGAAGAUCCAUCAAUAUCCUGCGAUAUCAAUAUAACUUCUGCGAACUUAGUAGAAGUAAAAGAUGGCAUUUUCUACGUCUCUACUGACAUUGGUAGUACCAAUGCAACAGUUUCCUGGUCAUCUCCUAUUGUCAGUGACAACAGUGACGCAAAUAUUCAAGUGAUAUCACGUCCAUAUAUAUCAGGUGAUAUACUGCCAAUAUCAGAAAGUCCAAUUGUCAUCGAGUUAAUGGCAAAAGAUCCUUUUGAAAAUUCAAACACUUGUACAAUUUUAAUACAAGUUCUAGAUAUUGAGGCUCCUGUCGCUUGGUGUCCUGCAUAUAUUACAGGUGUUACAGACGAGGGACGCUCAACUGGUGUUAUUCAAUACAACAUCACUGCAAGUGACAACGUCCAGAUCUCUACCAUUUACUCAAACUAUUCCAACAAAUCACUUGAUGUGUCUUCCUCAUUUGUUAAUCUUGAACUUUCAGAAGUUUUUCCGAUUGGAAGCACAAUCGUUACGUACACGUUUGCAGAUAGCAGAACUCCUCUAACUAACGCAACAACCUGUUCUAUACAGAUUGUAGUUGAAGACAAGGAACCACCAUUCAUAUCAUGCUUGACAAUCACGAUCACAUCGGGAAAUCUGGUAGAAUAUGAUAACUCUGGUAUUAUGUUCCUGCGAACUGAUGUCAGGAGUUCAACUGCUGUUGUCACUUGGGUACUGCCAGUAGUGACAGAUAACAGUAACGACUUGAUUCACUUGACUUCCAGUCCAUAUGAAUCUGGCGACUCCCUCCCAAUAUCGGAUAGCCCUAUAGUUAUUACAUUCAGUGCUGUUGAUCAGUCGCAAAACAACAAUAGCUGUUUUAUAAGAAUACAAAUACAAGAUGAAGAGCCCCCUACUGUCCGAUGCCCGAUUUCUCUUAUUGGUUUUACAGAUCGCGGACAGCCAUUUGGUACUUUGCAGUACAACGUCAGCGCCAGUGACAAUGUUGGGUUAUCUUACGUGCAGUGGCAUAAUGCGUUGAAAGCAUCUGAAAACGAUUCAUGCGUAUUGAAUUUAACUUACGCAGAAUUAGAAGUUAUAGAAGAGUUCCCAAUUGGCUUAACGUUAGUUACAUAUAAAUUUGCUGAUAAUGCUAGCCCGAUAAACAACAUUGCAGUGUGUACUGUAUGGAUUACUAUAGAAGAUAUCGAAAAGCCAGCAAUAUCCUGCCCAACGACUUUGUUUUCACGUGGUUAUGUCAUACAGGAGUCCGGUGUGUUCAAUAUCUUAGCAAGAACUAGCUUUUCAAGUUCAGAAGUCACGUGGUCGUCUCCAAUCGUAACCGAUAACAGUGGCGGAUUAAUUAAUGUGAUUUCAAAUCCCUAUCAAUCAGGUGACAUGAUUGAUAUAUCUAUCGAUCCCAUUACAAUCACCUUCAAAGCAACCGAUGAUUCUGGUAACGUUGGAACCUGUACUAUUCUAGUCCACGUUCAAGGCAUUAAUGGCUGUGAAUGUGGUCCGUGCCUAAAUGGUGGGGAUUGCUUCUAUAACAGAUUGGCAAAUGACGCCACAUGCCAUUGUCAGGAGGGGUGGAAAGGGGACUUCUGUCAGGAUAAAAUACCAAGGGCAACAAUUAUAGAAGGCUUGCAACAGAAUAUCACUUUAGAUAACGUAAAUGAACGUCUAUCAAAGCUCGAUGACAUCACAAGAGCAAAUGUAAACCUUACAAAUACCGAGAUGCUUGCUGUGUAUGAGACAUUACAUGUUGUAUCUACAAUGGGUGUCACUACAAAUUUGACUUCUGAGCAGUUCUUUGGCGUCGUUGAUAAUCUUCUUGAUAUCAUUGAAGAAAAUAAGGAUGUCUCCAUGUCUGGUAAUGAAUCUAUGCUUCUUAUGAUGGCCAUUGAAGAACAGAUUAAAACGACUGCUGGGUCUACAUACAAUUUCUAUCGCAACAGCGAGUACAUUAGUACAGCGACAGUAACAUUAAAUAAAUCAAAUUUGACUGAUAUCACGUGUGCAGUGACCAAGACCCGUGAGAUUGUGUUGAUUUCGGAUUGCCUAAAAAAUCGGUGCAUGGAUAACGAAUCAAUAAAGGAAUCAAUUACUCUACCUCUACAAACGACGAACAAAAUUACAACAAAUGUUGACGUAUCCUUUAUCGUUUAUCACAACGACUACUUGUUCCCGUCUAAAAGUACUCGUAGCACGUCAAGAAAAACAACGGGUACCAUUCUCGCAGCGUCUGUCUACGAAGAAGAAGCCAAUGACUUUGCGAAACCUGUCCAGCUCAUGUUUACAUCUUUAUCGAACACAAAUAUAAGCAGUUCGAAGUGUGUUUUCUGGGAUACAGCGGAUAGUGAUUGGUCGUCCAGGGGAUGUUGGUACGCAGGAAAAGAUGACGUGGGAAAGGUGAAGUGUCACUGCACACAUCUAUCAAGUUUUGCUGUAUUGAUGAGCCCCAACAUGCCUGGUGUUGCGACUGUGUACAGGACCAUGGCAAGCCGAGUUACAACUUACAUUGCGUGUUCAUUAGCAAUAAUUAUUCUGCUGUUCGCAAUAAUUGCAAUGCUUCGGGGAUGUUUAUUUUGUUUUAGGAUGUCGAGAAACGAUCGUAGUUUGUGGACAACUCAAUGCCUGUGUCUUUCAAACAUUCUUGUGUAUGUGUGCGUUGCUUGUAGCAUCGAUGCUUUCGAACCAGGCAGCGGUGGAUGUACAGUGGUAGCAGUCAGCCUCCAUUAUAUCUUGUUAGCCUGCAAUAUGUGGGUUGCCAUGGAGCUUCUGGUGGAUAUAAAACACACUGGGGUCACAUUCGAAGACGCUAAAGUGACGUCAGGAUUUUUCUUGAUUUUGUUUAUACUAGGGUGGGGUAUGUAUAUAUCAUAGAAUAGGUUUUUUCUAGUAUUUAUUAGUGUUAAUACCAUAGUGACAAUGUUAAAGACAUACAGUUGAACUUCGCCUUGAGGUUUAUUCAAUUGAUUCAUUUAGUUUUCAAGCAACGACACAUAACACACAUAAAACAAUAACAUUAACACACUGGUAGUACCCAUUGGCUCUCUAUGCUGUAUCUUGAAACCACAUUUAUAAAUUCAAAAACAUCGAUACAUUACU